CAAACAACAACAAUCCUAUAAAACAAAAAUGUCCUUUGAUACAGCCGCCAUUAAGAACAAUAUCAUUCCUCAUGAAAAUGAAAACUUUGUCUAUUCUUACGGUACAGCUGGUUUCCGUUCAAAAGCCGACGUGUUGGGCUCAGUUAUGUACAAGGUUGCUAUCUUAGCUGCUUUGCGCUCCAAAAAGCUUAAUGGAUCUACUAUUGGUGUUAUGAUCACUGCUUCUCACAACCCUGAAGAGGACAAUGGCGUUAAACUCGUUGAUCCUCGUGGUGAAAUGUUGGAGCAAUCUUGGGAAGCUUAUGCAACCAAGCUUGCUAAUGCUAAGGAUGGUGAAACUCUUGUUCAAGCAGUUGAAGAUGUUAUUGCUCAAAAUAAGAUUGACGUCCAGAUCCCCGCUAAAGUUAUUUAUGCAUAUGAUACAAGACCUAGUUGCCCUCACUUAGUCGAAUGCCUCGAACAUGGCUUAAAAGAUGCCGGUGCUGGAAGUACCAACUUUGGUUUGAAGACAACACCUAUGCUUCACUACCUUGUUCGUUGUAUAAAUACUGCAGGCACCAAUGAUGCCUAUGGUGAACCUACAGAGGAAGGUUAUUAUAAAAAGUUGGCUGCUGCUUUCUCAACUGCUGUUAAAGGAAAGCCCCGCUUGUCAACUUUGAUUGUUGACUGUGCCAAUGGUGUCGGUGCUCCCAAACUUCGUGAACUCAGCAAGCAUAUCCCCAGCGAUGUUUUAUCAGUUCAUAUUGUAAACGAUGACAUCGGUACAAAGGGUCAAUUGAACAAGAACUGUGGUGCCGAUUACGUUAAAACUCAACAGCGUGCUCCCCCCAACAUGCAGCUCAAGGCGGGUGAUAGAUGCUGUUCUUUUGAUGGUGAUGCUGAUCGUAUCGUUUAUUAUUAUGUCACUGAGGAAGGAACCUUCAGACUUUUGGAUGGUGAUAAAAUUGCUGGUCUUGCUGCGGCAUUCAUCGCUGAGCUCGUCAAGGAAGCAGGCAUCGAUUCUAUCAAGGUUGGCGUUGUCCAAACAGCCUACGCUAACGGUAGCUCCACAAACUAUCUUACUAAAGUAUUGAAUGUGCCUGUUUCUUGCGUAUCCACAGGUGUUAAACAUUUGCAUCACGAAGCCGAAAAGUAUGAUGUGGGUGUUUAUUUCGAGGCAAACGGUCAUGGUACUGUUCUUUUCAGCCCUGAUGCUUUAAAUACUAUCAAGACAGCUGAAGCUAAGACACCUGCUCAAAAACAAGCGAUUGCUCAACUCGCUGCUUUGACCGAUUUGAUCAAUCAAACUGUUGGUGAUGCUAUUUCUGAUAUGCUCAUGGUGGAGGCUAUCCUUACCGGCCGUCAUUGGAGUUUGGAAGAAUGGGACCAAGCCUAUACUGAUCUUCCUAAUCGUCUUGUCAAGGUCAUUGUUUCUGAUAGACAUAUUUUCAAGACUACCAAUGCAGAACGUCAAUUGGUUGAGCCAGCUGGUCUUCAAGCUGAAAUUGAUGCUCUUGUUGCCAAAUACAGCAAUGGCCGUUCAUUCGUCCGUGCGUCUGGUACUGAAGAUGCUGUGAGAGUAUAUGCUGAAGCGGCCACCCGUGCUGAAACAGAUGACCUUGCUUUCAAGGUCGCUCAACUUGUUUACGACCGUGCAGGUGGUGUAGGUGCACGCCCUUAAAAUAGAAGUACAGUUUCACCAAUAAAUACCAAAACUACGACUACAUAAUCCAUCUGUUUAAGAGAACAAUAACAUAUUUAUAGUACAGGCGAAACACACGGAUACGCUAUUAUUACCUUCACUUUAUCACUUUUACCUCGUUUUUCCACACUCAAUUCAUGCCAUAAAAUAAUAAAAUUACACA